CACAAACACACACACCACUGACGGUUGCAGCGUAAAUAAAGUCCGACAACUUGAUCCCUAAAGAGGAAGAGGAGGAAGAAGAGUAAUCAUGCCGAAGAAAGCCAAGAAAGGUGGAGCAGGUAAAGGUGGAGGAAAGACGGAGGAGGAGAGGCUGAUGUUCCUGCAGCAGAGAGCUCAGGCUGAGGAGGAGAUGAACCGGAAGAAGGAGGAGGUCCUCACCCUGUUUCUGAAGGACAAGCUUCAGAAGGAGGAGAGGAACGCGGCGGUGAACCUCCUGAAGCUGAACGAGGGCUGGAGGUCCGUCCUGCGUCAGACUCGAGCCUCCGAGCUGCGGACAGACCUGACGGUGCUCAGCCAGACGUUUGAGAGGCAGCUGGACGGCCUGGACAGCGUCGUCAAGACCCUGGAGCGCGACCUCCAGGCUGCGGAGCGUCAGUCGGCUCAGGUGCGGCGCGUCCACCUGCAGCACCUAGAGCAGCUGUGGGCGCAGCAGCACCAGCAGCUGGAGCUGGAGCAGCAGCAGUGGGAGAGCGUCCUGCAGCAGCUCACCUCCAGGUUCAGCUCCGACAGAGAGCAGAUGUUGUCAAACGCAAAGCAGAAGCAGGAUGAUCUGAAGGACACGUCGUUCGCUGUGGAGCAGAAACACAAAACAGUGAUGUUGGAAAUCCACAAACUGUACAGCGACAGCAUCGCAGCGUACCACAGCGCUCAUCACGAGAGGCUGCAGUCUCUGGGCCUGGAGGACGCUGAGCGGCUGGACCAGAUGAAGAGGAAGAACCAGAAGGCAGUGCAGGUGGGCUCUGAGGAGGACAGCCUGCCCUUCCUGCACUGCAUGAAGCAGGGCCUGAAGGACGACGUGAGGAACGUGAAGAGGCUGCAGGAAAUGGUCAUCAACAUCCGGGUGCAGCUGACCUCGAGCCGGACGGAGAACGUCUCGGUGGAGAGAGAGCUGACGGAGGCCAGGGAUCACAUGAGGAGCCAGACUCAGGUGCUGCGGGACUAUCUGACAGCCAAUCAGACGGUGGCGAGGAAACAGCUGACCGAUGUCACCAUGCAGAGCGACCAAGCCGUCAAGAAACUGCAGGCGGUCAUCGCCAGGGGUCAGAAGGUCUUACGAGUGGCUGAAAUGUGUCGUAAGAUGGAGAGCGAGCAGAGGACCAUCUCUUCACUGAUCCCUGCUGAGGAACAGAGGCAGGAGGAGACUGGAGCUGAGGAACCAGGGAAGGAACCAGGGAAGGAACCAGGGAAGGAAAUGUCAGCGCUGUGUCACGUGACGCUGAGCAUGAACACCUCGCUGCUGCAGAGAGAAGCUCUGAGGAGGAACAGAGACACUCUGAUGGGAGAGAACCAGCAGCUGAGGGUCCUGCUGAGGCAGCACCUGGACGCCAUGACACUCACUGACCACGACCUGGAGGAGGCCCACCCUCUGCUCAGCGUGCACCGCGCCCCCACCACCUCCACCCCCCCCGAGCACCACAGGAAACACCCCGACAACGAGAGGAAACACACCGUCAUCGAGGCCGUCCACGUCGCCAAACACGCGCUGUGAGAGACUGAGAUUAUAUAAAAACUGUUUAUCAAAACUGUGUUACUUUUCUGAUCAUCACGUGGUCAUGCAUUCUAAUAACCGUGUUCUCUUUCUUGAAAUAUUACAAAGUCUCUCUAAAUGUAUUACUUAUAUACUUAAAAGCUGCGUUCAACCACAUUUUCCAAACUCUCUUUCAUGUUUCUUGUAUUAGAAUACGUUUUUGAUUCAUUUCUAUCCAAUAAAUCUUAUAAUCAUUCAGGUUCACCAAACACACAGGUUAGGAUAAUAAAAUACUAUUUCUUGGAGCAUCACCUUUGUUUAGUGAAUCGGAAAAGGGUCCAAACCAGUAAAUAAUGAAUCAGACCCAAAGUUAUUAGUCAGAGCAGGUGUUCACAUAUGUGUCAAUAGCCUAAAUGCAGCACAAUCUUAAAGGUGGGGUAGGUAAGAAUGGAGAAACCAGCUCGAGUGCGCUAGAAUUUGAAAAUACGCAGCCGAAAAUAAUCUUCCCCUUCCUUCAGACUUCCUUACAGAG